GUCGCUUCUUCGCGUGCCCGGAGUGCCUUGGGUCCCUCUCGCUUGCCGUAUGCCUCGGGUCCCUUCACCUGGUUUGUUGCUCUGGUCCCAGGCCGCCACCCUCCCGGCCGGGGCCGCGGGCUUCCGUGCUCCUCGCGCAGAGGUUGCGCGUGGGCGCGGCGGGGUUGGUGGCCGCGGGCAGCCGGGCUCUUCCGUCGGCCCUCUGCGAGCACCCGAGUUCGCGGUUCCCGCCUCCUACACGCUCUCCCUCCGCGCUCGAAAGUCGCGAUCGCCCUUUGUGGAGCAUCUUGGGUAGCGCGGAAUCGGAGUCCGAAAGCCGCCUUGAUCCUAGAGGAGAUUUAUGGACAAGAAGUUAUCAUUGAAACUAAAUGGUGGCAGACAUGUCCAAGGAAUAUUACGGGGAUUUGACCCCUUUAUGAAUCUUGUGAUAGAUGAAUGCGUGGAGAUGGCAACUAGUGGACAACAGAACAAUAUUGGCAUGGUGGUAAUACGAGGAAAUAGUAUUAUCAUGUUAGAAGCCUUGGAACGAGUAUAAAUGGCUUUUCAGCAAAGAAGUCCAUGUCCUUUCUCCCAAGGGCCUGUUUUACUUGGAUGUAAAAAUUGGGUCAUGUACAUUUUCGUAUUAAACUUUUUGUUAAAUAAACUUUUGUAAUGGUCAAAAA